AUAAUAAAAAAAAAACAUAAAAUAUUCUCAGACAAGGUAGGGAAGCAAUGGAGGUCCAAAGCUGACUCUUUAUCUUUUCGUUUCUCUCUCCUUUUAUUUUUUAAAAAAUAUCAAAGCUACCAGCUCUCUCUCUCUCACUCUCUGCACCAAAGCGACACCGUUCUCGUCUUUCUUCUCCUCUUCAGCUCCAAUUCCAUCUGAAUCGGGAUUGUUAAAUUAUCUGCUGCUUGUGGUGUGUAGUAAUUUAAGUUUCAGUAGGAUAUCUUUGUUAAAUCUCGGGACAGGAGUGGAGACUGAAGCUGUAAUUUUGUCCUGGUGAUUCUAUGCUUUCGUCAUUUUUAGCUGUGUUGUGGACUUAGAUGGAUGUUCCCUCAACGGAACUACAUUCUGAAAGUCAGACUGACACUUUCCCAUUGUUAAUGGAGCGGCCAGAGAAUCUUAACAGUAGUGCGCAUAUUAUUGACAUACCAAGAAACAUUGAGGUUCCUGGGUCACCAUCUCAUGAUAGAAUUUCAAGUGGGUUGGAAGCAUCAUCACAUGAGGACAGACCUUCAAGUGGUGUGAGAGCACCCAGUACUCAGCCUUCAACAUCUUUGUCUAAUGGAACAAACUCUCGGAGCUCCUCAUUAAUAAGGAGAGGAGAAGCUCGUCGACGCAGGAGUCCUUUGAACUCAGGUUUAUGGAUUUCUGUUGAAUUAGUUCUCACGCUGAGCCAGAUUGUUGCGUCUAUUGUUGUUUUGUCUGUGUCGAGACAUGAACAUCCACAUGCACCAUUGUUUGCAUGGAUUGUUGGUUAUGCAUCAGGAUGUGUUGCAACCCUGCCACUUCUUUACUGGCGCUAUCGUUAUCGUAACCAGUCUUUGGAGCAAGACUCAGCUCAAAAUCAUCAGGGUUCUGCACAUAUUAAUGUUCCUGCGGGACCAUUUUCUCUAUCAGUCAGUAGGAAUUCAGAAAGCGAUGAUCGCCGAUCUGCCACUACUUCACCUAGAGGCAGCCAAAAUGCAGUACUAAAUGCAAGACUCAAGGUUUUGGUGGAAUACUUCAAAAUGGCUUUGGAUUGCUUUUUCGCAGUUUGGUUUGUGGUUGGCAAUGUGUGGAUAUUUGGAGGCCACUCAUCUGCUGAGGAGGCUCCAAACUUGUACAGGUUAUGUAUAGUGUUUCUUACAUUUAGCUGUAUCGGAUACGCUAUGCCCUUCAUUCUGUGUGCAACAAUCUGCUGUUGCUUGCCUUGUAUAAUUUCUGUUCUUGGAUUUAGAGAGGAUCUGGCACAGACAAGGGGAGCCACAACUGAAUCAAUUGAUGCCUUGCCAACAUACAAGUUUAAGUUAAUUAAAAAUAGAAAUGGUGAGGAUAGCAGUGCAGGAGCUAGUGAUGGUGGGGUCGUGGCUGCAGGAACAGAAAAGGAACGAGUGAUCUCGGGAGAAGAUGCAGUUUGCUGCAUUUGUUUGGCAAAAUUUGCAAACAAUGACGAGCUGAGGGAGCUGCCAUGUUCUCAUUUCUUUCACAAGGAGUGUGUAGAUAAGUGGCUGAAGAUCAAUGCAUCAUGUCCUCUUUGCAAGAGUGAGGUCGGUGAAAGUCUUUUAGGUUCUCUCUCUGGGUUAAGUUCUAGCCAGAGACGAGUCGAAAACGGGGCUGGUGCAGUGUUUUGAUCCUCUAUAUAACACAAAAUAGUAAUAUCAUACAUAAAUAAUUACGAUUUUGACUAUGCUGUAAAAAUUAUUUUCAUUCUUCUCUUUUUAUGAAUCUCAUGGAUCAAAAAUCUCUUUUAAGAAUCGGUGUGGCACUCUCUUUCCAGUUUGCCCUUUAGCCACCAAAA